AUGGCUUCCUUAACACCUUCACCAGACUCUUCCCCCUCUGUAAUACCAAUCUCCACUUCACCACCUCCCUCAACAUCUCAGCCUGAUCAGACCACUAACCCUCCAGUGCCUUCAACACCAUCUAACCCUGCAACCCCACCUCCUCAAUCUUCACCACCAGCACCACCUGCUGCUUCCCCUCCAGCUCCACCCCUGUCACCGCCACCAGUACCAAUAAUUCCCUCAACACCUGCACCAUCUGCCCCACCACCAUCACCCCCAGCAUCCCCACCACCAGCCCCUCCAGCGUUAACCCCUCCAUCGCCACCUACUGCGCCUCCCCCAGCUUCUACCACUUCACCGCCCCCUCCAAAUGAAUCCCCUCCACCACCGGUAAGAACCUCCUCUCCUCCACAAGCCUCUCCAACAACUCCUGUAACAUCCCCACCUCCCCCUCAAGCUGUUUCCCCUUCUCCACCUCCUCCUGUAAAUGUCCCUAUAUCCCCUGCUACUAAUUCGCCUCCUCCACCAACAGCAAAGCCCCCUGAAACCCCUCCUGCACCUCCUACAAUUACUCCUCCGCCACCUAGUUCUCGAUCUGAUAGUCCUCCACCUGCAACAAAUUCUCCUCCUCCUCCUCCAAUAUCCACAUUGCCAUCACCCCCUCCAUCAGCUCCUUCAUUCUCAUCAACACCUCCUGCAAUAUCUCCUCCUGCUCCUUCAGUUAAUUCAUCAGCAACGGGAAGUCCUACCUCACCCUUUCCUUCUAUCCCAACAGAGAAACCAACUGCAAGAACAACUAAUGACACCAAUGUCUCCGCAAAUACAUCAUCCACUGGUGCUGGGGGAUUAAACACUGGAGGUGCAGUCGCAAUAGGCAUUGUGGUUGGGUUUGUAGUACUCAGUCUUCUAGUGAUGGCUGUGUGGUUUGCACAAAGGCGAAAGAGAAGACGAAGAGAAAAUAUUGGUUACAAUAUGCCUUCUCCAUUUGCCUCCUCGCAAAAUUCAGAUUCGCUAUUUCUAAAACCUUAUCCUCCAGCUCCCCUAGCUGCCAGUCCUUCUGGCAGUGAUUUCCUAUAUCCACCAUCAGAUCCAGGUGUAGUAAACAAUUCAAGGUCAUGGUUCACAUAUGAAGAACUAGUCCAAGCCACAAAUGGGUUUUCGACACAGAAUCUUCUGGGCGAAGGUGGAUUUGGUUGUGUAUACAAAGGCGUCCUGGUAGAUGGAAGAGAAAUAGCUGUAAAACAACUAAAGAUUGGUGGUUCUCAGGGGGAGCGUGAAUUCAGAGCAGAGGUUGAGAUUAUUAGCAGAGUGCAUCAUAGACAUUUGGUUUCACUGGUGGGUUACUGUAUAUCUGAGCAUCAAAGACUGCUUGUCUAUGACUACCUUCCCAAUGAUACUCUUUAUUACCAUUUGCACGGUGAAGGCAGCUCAUUUAUGGAUUGGGCAACAAGGGUCAGGGUUGCUGCUGGUGCAGCUCGCGGCAUAGCUUAUCUGCAUGAAGAUU